GGUACUUUUAACAUCGUCAUCAACAUCAGUGAUGCCUCACCAGACGAGAAUAAUAUACUCUUCACUUCACCGUGUGUUUGAACUCAGUCGACUUUUCCAAUUUUAAAAUUUUGCUUUGUUGUGCAUAAAGAAUAAUGCAUUGAGUUAAUAAAUCUCACUGGGCCAUCACCACGGUGACGAAAACUCCACUGGGUUGACUGCAGUGUCAGUUAUAAACAUAAGCUACUGAAUUGGUGUGUGCCUGAUUUUACCACAUGCAAUGGGCAAAUGCUGCAAGUGCAACGGGAGGCUGCUUUGCAUGUGCUUGCUGCCUUGCAUGAUGACUGGCCACCUUCUCAUUUAUAUCAUGGUGACUAUAUUUGUAACCAUCUCCUACACUCCCUCGAAAAUACCCAUCCACUACAUUGCUCCGGGGAUUUCAGCAAAUUCCGGGGCCUUGGCCUCUCAUCCACUCAGCCCUUUCUGGAAGCUUCAUCUGGACCACAGUUCACUAUGGAACCAGUUGCAGCACUCCUUGGACCGUCAUUACAAUCCAAUACUGCAAGGAAACACGAGUGGGACAUUGCGAAAGCCUAUAGCAAAACUUCCAACUCCAAUUAGGGAUGAAUGCCUUUCCGGUUGUGCAUCACACAAGUGUUCAAAACCUUCUCAAUAUGAUGUCAACAAUAUUCCCGAACAAAUGAGAUUAUUCGUGAGGUCAAUGCAUUGCAGGAGUUACCGAAUGCUCAUCAAUCAACCCAAUAUGUGCAAAAGGAACAAGACUAAAUCUGGUCUUGACUAUCCAAUGCUCCUCAUGGCCAUCAAAUCUCAAGUGGGGAACUUUGAAAACAGGCAAGCCAUUCGUGAAACCUGGGGUCGCAGUGGUUUUGUGAAGGGAGAGGCCAACAAGAAAGGGGGAUUUGUACGGACUGUGUUUCUACUUGGAAGGCAGGACUCGAGUACAGGACCUCACCCAGACCUGAAAAACUUUCUUGAUCUAGAGAAUCAAAAACAUAGAGACAUUCUUCAGUGGGAUUUUAGGGACUCUUUUUAUAAUCUGACUCUGAAGGACUUGCUGUUUUGGCGUUGGCUCAAGCAAUACUGCCCCACUGCGAUAUUCAUUUUUAAGGGGGAUGACGAUGUCUUUGUCAGAACUGGCGCACUACUGGAUUACUUAAGCAAACACUGGGAGGAACACAAACUUCGGCGGGCCAUUACAAAUGAAACUCACAUGGAUUUAUUUGUUGGUGAUGUCAUCAGUAAUGCAAUGCCAAACCGGGAUCCGUCUGCUAAAUACUACAUACCUGAAAGUUUCUACAGAGGAGCCUACCCAACUUAUGCUGGGGGAGGAGGGGUGGUAUACUCUCGAUCACUUGCAUUACGACUUAUAGAGGUGUCCACGAAGGUCUGCCUUUUCCCAAUCGAUGAUGUUUACCUUGGAAUGUGCCUGGAAAGACUGGGGCUCUCGCCAAGUCAUCACCCAGGUUUUUUAACAUUUGAUCUACCAGAGACAGACAGGGGAAAUCCCUGUGCCUAUAAAUCUGUGCUUCUUGUUCACAGGCGGAGCCCCAAAGAGAUGUUGACAUUAUGGCACAAGUUGCAGGAUAUGAAUAGUAAAUGUUGAAUUUUUUUCGUGUCAAAUAGGAUUAAUUAGGAUGUAUGUAUUUAAGAUGACUUGAAAUAAGAACAUUUGGUGCUUGUAUGCUCAAUGCAAGGGGAGCAAUAUCCUAUCAAAUGUUUUGUAUGCCAUAAGCACAGUUGAGCUUUACAUGCAUUGUGUACGACUCCUGCUGUAUGUCAGUUUGAAUAAGCCCUCUGUGAUUCGCCAUGAUGGUUAUUCAACACUUUGUCAAAUAUUUGGUGAAACUGGUGGCAUCUGAUCUAUCUAUAACAACCCAUAAGGACUUAACACAAAUAAGUACAUCAGCAGUACACAGUUAUUAAAAAUCCUGUACUUACUAAUUUUUGAUUAAUUGGUCGAUUAACUAUUUCAUUUGGACCAUCUCAAGAUCUACUUCCAUUGUUAUUUAAAUAA